AUCAGUAUCGUCUCAACAAAAAUGUUUGACUGAAAUUCAUAUUCAGUUUGGAUAUUAUGUCUGCAGAGCUCUUUUACUACCACUAAAUGAUUAAUUUGUAUUUUCUGAUCUUUUCUCAGGAAAUGUUUUCAUAACUUAUUCUUCAGACGUUUCCUCAGAGAUUCUUCCCUUCGUAGACUUCCUGACAAAGCAAGGCUUCAGACCAGCUAUUGACAUAUUUGACAGCCCCAUCAGACGGAUGGACAUCAACAAGUGGCAGGACCAAUACCUGAAAGAUCCAUCAACUCUGAUUAUUAUCGCCAUCAGUCCAAAGUAUAAGAUGGACAUUGAAGGAUCCGUAGUGGACAGUCAUGGUCUCCACACUAAAUAUAUCCACACUAUGAUGCAGACUGAAUUCAUCCAACAAGGCAGCUUGAAUUUCAGAUUCAUCCCACUUCUCUUCCUCAAUGCAUCGCAGAAGCUGGUUCCCUGUUGGCUCCAGAACACUCGUGCGUACCGCUGGCCUCAGGACACCGAGGACCUGCUGCUGCGUCUGCUGAGGGAGGAGAGAUACGUUCCUCCUCCGGUUCCUCUGGAGCUCACGCUCAUCAUCAGACCGGUCACCUGCAGCGCUGCUCCCUCCCUCUAGAGGAGGAAACACAGAGUUAAUGCAUGUUAGUUCAGGAUCUGAGGAGUAUUGUGCAGUUUGUACAUUUAACAUCUCAAAGUUAAGUGAAUAACGUCUCAUGUUGUAUAUAAUGUACAGUCGUUUCAAUAAAGUUUUUUUUUCCUGUGUACAUAAACACAACACACCCACCACUUUAGAUAGACUGUAGACUAUUCAGACUGAAAUAUCCCAACAACUACUGAAUAAAUUCCAAUUACAUAUCAAACAUUCCUUCAAUAUACCAGAAGAUGAAUCCCAAUAAUUUUGGGUGAUUCUCUGACUUUUCCU